UUUAAAUUUUGAUAAUGAUGACUGUUUUAAAUGAUUCCGACAGCGAGGAUGAACUACCGCCGUGUUGGGAAGAAAGAGCGACGUUAGACGGAAACGUUUAUUAUGUGAAUCAUUAUACGAAAGGCACUCAAUGGACUCAUCCUAGAACCGGUCGUAAGAAGAUCGUCGACGGAGAAUUGCCAUCUGGUUGGGAAAGGUGUAUAUUGGACGACGGUAAAGUUCUGUUUGUUGACCAUACCAAUCACACAACAACCUAUACCGAUCCACGUUUGGCAUUUGCCACGGAAUAUAGAGAAAUGUCACAACCAGUACGACAGAGAUUUGAUGGAAGUAGCACAGCCUUGGCUGUGCUUCAUGGCCGAGAUUUACGCUCAAAAAUCGCCCUUAUUACAGGAGCCAAUACAGGAAUCGGUUUUGAGACUGCUAGAUCGUUAGCUUUUCACGGUUGUAAUGUAAUAUUAGCUUGUAGAGACUUGGAAAAGGCAAAUGAAGCUGUAAAACGUAUUCAGCAAGAAAAGGAGACUGCAAAUUGUUCAGUUUUGAAAUUGGAUUUAACGUCGCUGGACAGCGUACGAGAGGCCGCUAAUGAGUUUAAGCAGAAGUUUCAAGCUCUUCAUAUUCUCAUAUUGAAUGCCGGCGUGCUUGGAUCUCCUUAUCAGCUCACGAAGGAUGAUUAUGAAAUGACAUUUCAAGUCAACCAUUUGGCACAGUUUUAUUUGACGAUGUUACUAGAGCAUGUUAUACACAAUUCUAGUAAUCCUAGAAUUGUAGUAGUUUCCAGUGAAGGGCAUCGAUUUUCAACUAUUUCAACUCCAGAAGAUCUUCAUCAAUCAGUCUUAUCUCCACCGCCGUACAGAUACUGGGCAUUGGGAGCAUAUAACAACUCAAAGCUCUGUAAUAUUUUAUUUGCGCAAGAACUAGCGCGGCAAUGGCCAAAUGUGAGCGUCUUUGCUUGCCAUCCUGGUAAUCUAGUGUCUUCGUCCAUAGCCCGUCACUGGUGGCUAUAUCGAUUGCUAUUCACCUUAGUACGACCGUUCACAAAAUCACUGCAACAAGCAGCAAGCACACAAGUAUUCUGCGCUACAGCGACAGAACUGGAGGGUAUGACGGGUGGUUAUUUCAACAAUUGUUGUCGUUGUCAGCCAUCAAAUCCUGCAUUGGAUUCCAAUCUUGCUGGACAAUUAUGGAUUAUCAGUCAGGAAAUGAUAUUAGAUGCUUCAAAAAGACAUAAAGACAGUUGUGAAGAAAAAGAAUCAAAUUAAAUAUUUACCAUCCAAUCUACUAGCCCAGACAAAAAAGCGGCGUCAGUCCCUAGGGAUUGACAGUGAACUUUUCGUUUGGGCAGCAUCGGUCCGUGGAAUCACCAGUAUAAAGGUUCAAAUAAAUAAAAAUGUUGUAAUUUUACUUAAGUUUAAGGACGAAAAGCACAGCAAAAUCGGCUUCGCGCUUAACAUAUUAAAAAUAAUCUUUUUUGUACUAUAUGUAUGUACAAUGUAUUAUAUAUUAAUGAUUUAUGUAUAAAAGGGUUUUAUAAACUAUUGGUUUUCGAUUCUUUAUAUAAAUAAAUGUUAUAAUAUUAUA